AAUGACUAAUGAACAUAAAUCUGAAUCUGAAAUUCUGAAAUUAUUAUCACACAAAUAAGAAGUCAUACGAUCACGAGUGAUUCGCGACGCGACUUACGACUUUUCCCAGUCUCCCGUGUCCGUACUCACUACUCCGUGUGCCAGUAGAAUUUUGAGCAUUACUCGUUUAAACGUCUUUAGUGUCUUACUCAAUUGAACCAACCAUGGCCGAAGCAAUGAGACAAACGGUUGCGUCGCUUUUGCAGGGCAUCGAAAGAUACAAUCCCCAACAUUUGUCUACGCUUGAACACUACGUGGAAGUACAGUCCCAAGAGAACACGUACGAUCUAGAAGCGAACCUUGCAGUACUCAAAAUAUAUCAAUUUCAUCACGAGUAUAAUUUGGAUAUCACUGUACAAAUCAUGCUGAAAGCGAUCACCAACUUUCCUCAUUCCGAUUUUGUGCUGUGCAAAUGUCUGUUGAAUGAAAAAUUGUGUCAAGAAGCUCCACUAAGCCAAGUAUUGUUCUUGGCUGAUCUAUUGGAAAACUGCAACUUCAAAGAAUUUUGGUAUAAUGUUCAUUCCACACCUGAACUGUAUGCUAAGGUCAAUGGGUUUUUAGAUUCUGUGCGCAAGUUUGUGUGUCAUGUGAUUGGCAUAACAUUUCAGUCUAUUGAAAAACAUAAUCUUAUGGAGUUACUGGGAGGUGUUGAUGAUGCUGCUUUAAAACAUUGGAUACUAAAAUACAAUUGGAAGGAAUUGGAUAACAAAUACAUAUUUGUGGCAAAUCAAGACGAAAAUAUCAAAACAAAAAAUAUUACUGAAAAGAUUGAUUAUGAAAAUAUUUUGGGUGUUAUGGCAAGUUGUCGUUAAUUUCUAAAAGUUGUAAAUUCAAAAUACAUUUUUAUACCAAUACUUAAAACAUGUUUAUUAACAAUAAAUAAUUGGAUUAUCUUGGAUUA